AUGUUUUCCCUGGGGUUUUGGAUCUUCGCCUUGCUUUUCUUGGCCACAAGGACGUCUGGAUCCUCGCCCGAUGAUCUGGAUGGCGCUCGACAGGGUAUCUUAGGGGCGAACGCCUCAUUCGACUUUGUUGUGGUUGGUGCCGGGGCAUCGGGCUUGACUCUGGCCGCUCGCCUGGCCGAACAGAGGUUCAGUGUUGCUCUGGUUGAAGCGGGGGACUUUUACGAGCUCCGAUACCCUCUGGCACAGAUUCCUGGGGCUGCAAUUGUGGGAAUAGGAGCCAGCGUCAACAGCACGACCCCCAUUGACUGGGGGUUUAUUGCUUAUGGCGUUCCGGGAGCGAACUACCGCAACGUUCACUACCCCAGAGGCAGAUGCCUAGGAGGAUCGACUGCCACCAACAUGAUGAUAUACCAAAGGCCAAAUAAAGAGGCGAUGCAAAAGUGGGCCGAACUCGUUGAUGACGAUAGCUACACCUUCAGACGAGUCCUGCCAUUCUUUCAACGAACGGCUAACUUCACCCCGCCCAACAACAAGCUUCGUACAAGCAAUGCCUCGGCGGCAUUCGAUACAGGGGCGUUCGAUACACGUGGCGAGCCUCUGCAUGUGUCCUACCCCGACAAUCCCGUGACAUUUUCAAGCUGGGUACAACGUGGGAUGGAGUCUAUAGGCAUUGACGCGGUCCAGGACUUCAAUAGCGGGACGCUACUGGGUGCUCAGUAUUGCACUUUGACCAUAAACCCACACAAGAAGCUCCGAAGUAGCUCCGAAGCCGCUUUCAAGAGUACAUCGAUACCACGUCUAGCAACGCUUGCACUGUACAAGAGCACGAUGGCAAAAAGGAUUCUAUUCAGUUCAGAACGGCGAGCAAUUGGGAUAGUAGUCAGGACGCGGGAAUCGGAAUAUACAUUGCGGGCCACACGGGAGGUGAUAGUUUCCGCAGGUGCCUUCCAGAGCCCCCAGCUAUUGAUGGUGUCUGGAAUCGGUCCGGUCAGUGUUCUGAAAGAGCACGGCAUCGAUGUUAUCGUGGAUCUUCCGGGGGUAGGGCAGAACAUGUGGGAUCAUGUGUUUUUCGGGCCCUCGUACCGAGUAGGGCUCGAAACCAGUACCAGGAUCGCCACCGACCUUCUAUACCUGUUCCAAAUGAUUGUCCAGUACAUCGGCUAUCAUCAUGGGCCAUUGACAAACCAAGGAACGGACUUUUUGGCGUUUGAAAAGUUUCCCAGCAGGGUGCGGUCCCAGUUUUCCGAAGGAACUGUCGAUGAUCUCUCAUGGUUCCCUGCUGGCUGGCCCGAAGUCGAGUAUCUCCCAGUACCUCUUCACGUCGGAGAUUUCUCUGACCCUGUCAAACAACAACCGCACGAUGGUGCCCAGUAUGCGUCAAUAAUCGGGGCAUUAGUCGCACCCACCUCUCGCGGGAAUGUCACCAUAAUCUCCGACGAUACAGAUGAUCUGCCGAUAAUCAACCCUAAUUGGCUUGCAACAAAGACAGAUCAAGAGGUGGCUAUCGCGCUGUAUCGACGACUCCGCGAAGCUUUUCGGAGCGAGGGCAUGGCCCCGAUCAUCAUCGGAGCAGAAUACUUCCCCGGAGACCAGGUGCAGAGUGAUGAGGAGAUCCUGGAUGUGAUUCGGAGCACGCUUAUGACAGUCUACCAUGCCUCCUGUACGUGCAAGAUGGGCGUCCGCAAUGAUACCAUGGCCGUCGUCGACAGUCAGGCCAGAGUGUUUGGAGUGGAGGGAUUGCGAGUGGUCGAUGCCAGUGCAUUUCCGAUCCUGCCUCCUGGACAUCCCCAAUCGGUAGCCUAUAUGCUUGCAGAGAAGAUCGCAUCCGAUAUCAUUAUGUGGGAUUGA